AUGGAAGCGGGACAGCGGUAUUGUUUGUAUGAUAAAUUAGCAAUGCCGGAAUUGCAUUUUCUAUUCAAUAACAAUAUGGCUAAGCGACCUGCUGAGAAUGACUCUCCAGGGAGUAGCCAACCACCGAUUAAAAAAGUUCAGUUUGAACCAAUGCGAAUUGGAACCAUAACAACACUAGAGGAAUUGGACAUGAAAGUACUACAAUUUCAGAACAAGAAGUUGGCUCAGCGAUUGGAACAAAGGCAAAGGUUGGAAAAUGAAUUGCGACAAAGGAUAGAACAACUUGAGAAACGACAAACUCAGGAUGAUGCUGUCCUGAAUGUUGUGAAUCGGUAUUGGAAUCAACUAAAUGAAGAUAUAAGAGUGUUGCUUCAAAGAUUUGAUGCAGAAACUGCUGAUGAAUCAGAAAAUAGAAAUGAAAAUGAGGCAACUACAUCAUUUUUAAUGCAGUUAUCAACAUGGGAUAAGGAAGAACUUGAUGAAAAGUUGGCCAAUAGAGUGCAAGUAUCAAAGCGUGCUGUUGCGAAGGUUAUUCAAGCCUUUGACAGAUUGAUGCAAAGAAAUGAGAAGAUUACACUUGCCCUUAAGGGUGAAUUAGAUGGAGGUUAUUGGAAUCUUCUCCCAUCUUGUGAUCAGUAUGAGGCACCAAACAUUGAUGAAACAAUUCGUCAAGCAAAUAUUGAAAUCCAAGCAGAAAAUAGGAAUCUACAAGCUCUUAACACCUCUCUUCAUGAGAAAUAUCACACAAUUUCAUUGAAGAUGGCAGAGUUACAAGACAGUUUAACUGCAAAAGAAACAGAAGCUGCAGAAUUGAGAAAUCAGAUUGAUGAUCUUCAGUAUGAACUUUUAAAAGUUCAGGGAAGAAACGAUAAGUUGGAAAAUCACCUCGCUGAAGCUAUCGAAAAACUAAAGACCUAUCAGCAGAUUCAUGGAGACGAUAAAGGCAUUGUGAAACCUGUUGUAACAACUAGUGUAUCUCAAAAAAAACUUGAGGAUCUCCAAAAAGAAGUUGAAGAACUUAGAGAACUGUCAAAUAACAGGCUUCAAGAAUUAGACAAACUGCAUCAACAACAUAGAGAAUCUUUGAAGGAAGUGGAAAAAUUGAAGAUGGAUAUUCGACAGCUCCCUGAAUCCGUAAUUGUGGAAACUACUGAAUACAAAUGCUUACAAUCUCAGUUCUCAGUUUUGUAUAAUGAGUCAAUGCAACUGAAAACCCAGUUGGAUGAAGCAAGACAGCAAUUGCAGAGUAGCAAAAAUGCUCAUUUGCGUCAUAUUGAAAUGAUGGAGAGCGAGGAAUUAAUGGCUCAAAAAAAGCUUAGGACAGAAGUUAUACAACUAGAAGAUGUUCUUGCCCAACUAAGAAAGGAAUAUGAAAUGCUCAGAAUAGAAUUUGAGCAAAAUCUUGCUGCGAAUGAGCAGACUGGUCCUAUAAAUAGAGAAAUGAGACAUCUGAUCACAUCUUUACAGAACCACAAUCAGCAAUUGAAAGGAGAAGUUCAUCGUUACAAGCGAAAAUACAAAGAAGUGAACUCUGAAAUCCCAAAGCUCAAGAAGGAAGUGGAAGAUCUUCAAGGAAAAGUAGGGCAACAGUCCGUUCAGGAAAAUAAAGAGGGUUCACUCUCAGAAUCAUCUUGUAAAGAGGAGGAACAAACAUUGGUUCAAGAAUCUGUUAAAAUUAAAGAGGAGCCAGGCCUUAGUGGCAGUAAAGAAGGUUUAGAAGAAGAAACAGAGUGUGAGGAAGGAGAUCGUGAAGCAGACAAGGAUAGACAAAUGACGUCACCUCCCAUAAAGAAAGAGAAGGAUGCCAAACGUGAUAAGGAUAUCAAGAAAGAGGUUAAAACUGAGAAAGACCAUAAAGAACAGCAUCGCAAUGCCAAAGAUGCAAAAGUUACAGAGUCUGAUUUAGUCCGGGACUUGAGAGCACAGAUUAAGAAAGCUCUGAAUGAUCAAAGAGAAAUGAAAUUAUUGCUGGAUAUGUAUAAAGGUGUGAGUAAAGAACAAAGGGACAAAGUACAAUUAAUGGCUGCUGAGAAAAAAGCUCGUGCUGAAUUGGAAGAUAUUAAACAGCAAUUAAAGAAAAUUCAGGAAAAUAAGAGAGAAGAACGAAAAAAACUUUGUGACGAAGACGCAAUGCGUAAAAUCAAGCAACUUGAAGAACAGACUUACCAGUUGCAGAAACAAGUAGCUUCACAGAAGCAGGUAGAUGGAAGUGGGACGUCUGACAACUUCAAUAACCUCAUGAGACCCUUCGAAGAGGAAGCUCUGUUAAAUGAGAUGGAAGUAACUGGACAGGCGUUUGAAGAUAUGCAAGAACAGAAUUCAAGACUAAUACAACAGUUAAGGGAAAAGGAUGAUGCCAAUUUCAAGCUUAUGACUGAAAGAAUUAAAUCAAACCAAUUGCAUAAAUUGGCUCGUGAAGAGAAGGAAGUUUUGAAAGAGCAAGUAGCCACCUUGACAACACAGGUUGAGGCCACAAAUAUUGUUGUGCGUAAGUUAGAAGAUAAGGAACGGAUCUUACAGAAUUCCUUGGCCACUGUUGAAAAGGAAUUAGCACUCCGCCAGCAAGCAAUGGAAAUGCACAAACGCAAAGCUAUUGAGAGCGCACAAUCUGCAGCAGAUCUCAAAUUGCACUUGGAAAAAUAUCAUGCUCAGAUGAAAGAAGCUCAACAGGUUGUAGCAGAGAAGACAAGUGCCUUGGAAGCUGAAGCAUACAAAACUAAACGCCUACAGGAGGAAAUUGCCCAAUUAAGACGCAAAGCAGAGAGAAUGAAGAAAAUUGAAUUGGCUGGUACCUUGGAUGAGGUUAUGAUGGAGGAAAUACGUGAAUACAAAGAAACCCUAACUUGUCCAUCUUGCAAAGUGAAACGGAAAGACGCUGUUCUUACAAAAUGUUUCCACGUAUUUUGUUGGGAUUGUUUGAGGACUCGGUAUGAAACCCGACAGCGUAAAUGUCCAAAGUGUAACGCUGCAUUUGGUGCAAAUGACUACCAUAGAUUAUACCUGUCAACGUAACGAAAUAUGUUCAUACCUAAAACAUUUGGAAUGUAUUUUCUAAUUUUUUGUGAAGUUACUAUGUAUAUAUUGACCCAAUUAUGUACUUGAUGUGUUAACUGCCCUGAUCAGCUUUUAUUCUGUACACUUUUUAAUAUAUGUGUAGACCAUCCACUAAGGUCUAUUAUCUCAAAAGGCUCUUGAUCAGGAUCAUUCCAAUAAUUUUGAUAGCUGUUUCAGUAUGCAUUUGCAGUUGUAUUUUUAUUGUUUUAUCUCUUCAUUAUGAAAUGAAUUGAAAUAGACUGUAUAUAUGUGUUAAUUUAUCGCAUUUUAAUGACAUGUUUAUAGUAGUUAUGUACUUACCACACCUUAAUAUUUAAUAAGAUGAGAGCCGUAAAAUAAAUUUAUCUGUUAAUUACAAAUAAAUACAACUUAAAAAUGCAUAAGAAAACAGGUGUGGUUAUUAAAAGAGAAGCAAGUCUUUUUCUUACAUAGAAGGUAGAGUAUCUUAUUGCUUCAACAAGGCUAAUAUUGCUGUGUGUAACUGGUAGCUGGUCUUCUUGGUAUUUCCAGCUUCUGCCUUGCAGUAUUGUUCAUGGUUGUAAAGUAUGAAAAUGAUACAGUCUUUUAGUACAAUUUUUCAAAUUGUAUGCAGGCAGAAGCAAUGAUCAGAUAAGUGAAUUGUGCUCUGGUGUGAAUGGUUGGAUAUUACUUCUGUUUUCAUAUGGAAUAAAACUUGUAAAAACUUCUAAACACGUAUUUUUCUUCGUCCCAUAGUACAUGUCCAUUACUUAAAUUCCAUAGAAUGUACAGUUUCUUUCUUUGAUCAUCGUUAUCAAGGAUUUCAAGUAAAAUAUAUUUGUGGAAAUUAAGUGAACAGGAAUCUUGAUUAUCAAUGAACCAACAACUAUUAUUAUAACAUAAGCCCCUGAUCUGUGACAAUUUUUUUUUUUUUUGUGUAGCAAGACUUGCUAAUUGAUUGCAAGAAUUUUAUCCUUUUAACUACUUUAUACUUUUUAUUGUAAAUAGAAACAUGAUUUGAAAUAAAAGCUUUGAU